GAUGAGCAAGUCCGAGAAAAAGAUCAUCAAGUGAGGAAGAACGAUGAGAAACUGAGGAGAACAGAAGAGCAACUGAGAGUGAACGAUGAGCAGCUUAAAAUAAACGAGAAGCAACUUCGAGAAAAAGACAAGCUAGUGAGGGAGGAAGAUAAGCAGCUGAGAGAGAAAGAUGAGCAGCUUAAAAUAAACGAUGAGCAACUGCGAGAGAAAGACAAGCUAGUGAGGGAGAAAGAUAGGCAAUUGAGAGUGACAGAGCAGCAAUUGAGAAUGAAAGAGAAGCAACUGCAAGAAAAAGACAAGCAAGUUCAGGAGAAAGAUGAGCAACUGAGGAAGACAAGAGAGCAACUGAGAGUGAAAGAGGAGCAAAACCGUAGUUUACAAAGACAGUUGAGCACUUUAGAAGGUAAUAAAAAGAGAGAAAGCGCUAAAUUCCAAAAACAAUUAAAUGUGAAGGUGCAAGAGCUGACCUACUCACGAAAAGAGUUAAGAGAUCGGGAACAAGACAUCGUUGAACUCGAAAGAGACCUUUCCACAGCUAAAGAAAAAUUAACUGAAUAUGAAAGUCAGUUAGAGGCACGAGACUGGGUCCUUUGCCGAGACAAAGUUCAGUUAAGUGAUGAAAGUCUUGGGGUGGGGGCGUUAGGACGAGUUGUGAAAGGUAGAUAUUGUGGAUGUGUGGUGGCUAUAAAACAGCUUCAUCAACAGACUCUUACUCAACGAGAGCGCCGUUUGUUUGAACGGGAAAUGGAUAUAGCCUCAAGGUGCCGCCAUCCUUGUUUGUUACAAUUCAUUGGGGCUACCCAAGACGAAAGACCUCUGUUUGUUACAGAAAUCAUGGAAAAAAGUUUACGAAAAUUGUUAGGGGAGCGUCAAAAACAGAAGCAACAUCUCACCGAAACAGAAAUCAUUUUUAUAUCUUUAGAUGUUGCUCAAGCCCUAAACUACCUUCAUCAACGAAAACCUGAACCAAUUGUACAUCGUGAUGUGAGCAGCGCUAAUGUGUUGCUGUGGAAACAGAAUAACCAGUGGAGAGGCAAACUGGGGGAUUAUGGAACUGCAAAAUUUCUUCAAGAAACUAUGACAGUUGCUCCUGGAGCUAUGAUUUACGCCGCACCUGAAAUAGGUUGUCCUUUCAAGCAAACUGUGAAGGUAAGUCUAAUAUAUAGAUUUAGCCAGGGCUAAAAGCGAAGCCCCAUUAAUAAAAUUUAUGAUUUAAAUCAAACAAUAAACUUAUAUGUAAUUCACAAAUCACUUAACUCUAGGGCACUUUCUGGUGACUAUUGAGGGAAAGACUAAGUUAUUUUAGAGUGAAACAUCUUACAUCGAGUUGAUAGCCUUAAUUGUAUGUACACCCAAAAAAUAGCAAACAUCUUCGAUCACAUUCAAGAGGCAUAAUGGCUCUUGAUCACAGUAGAUAAGGCCCCGAAAACAAAUUAUUGGAAAACAAAUCAGGCCGAAUUUUUUUGCGUUCGACAGGUUUACUUUACAAAUUCUUGCCGAUAAAUCUGGGGGUGUGUACUGAGGUGAAACAGUACGUACUAUUUAUCAUACAGACCUCAGACAGAAAGCGGUAUUUCACAAUUUUUCAAGACAAAUUGCACUCAGUCAAUGUUCAGGACCAUCAGCCGUGGGCUUUUAGCGAAACCGUUCAAAAACUUUCACUUGGUAAAUUUCCAAUAUCACCCAUACGGCCAGCCGGUUCUCAUUUCUAGUGCGAGCUGUCAGUGUGGUCGCGUGUUUAAAUGAACUUUAAUAGAGUUACGCUUCAACAUAAUAACAAAUUUAUUAUUAUCAUUAUCAUUAUUUUUAUUUAAUGGUUUCAGUUAUAACAAUGUGUAAUCUUAUAAAGCGUUUGAUACGCGCGACAUUUUUAAGUACUCCAUGCUAGCGAUGUUCAUGAAUGAUGAAAACAAACGGCAAGGACUAGCGAUUAAAAUUGCAAGAGAGACUACUAACAAUCAAUACAAGAAAUAUAAUUCUGUGAAACAUUUACAGAGACAACAAUUUUCAUUCACGAAGACAAGUAUUAAAGUAUCUCAAAAAAUCCUGAGUCUUUAAACUUAAAAGUUAAUUAUGUUUUACUUUCAGCCGGCCUCCCGGUGUUUGCUUUUUUACAAGAUGAACUCCUCGAAGCAAGGAAAUCGCUCAAAGUUUUCUCUCUAGAGCCAAGUUAAUAGCUAAAUAUUACCACGCGCCUUCAGAGCUAAAGGUGAUAGCAUGUGUCACGUGUAACCUGUGGAAGAUUGCGUGAAGGGGCUCCACGGUAAUUUAUUCAAAUUACCAGACACGUAAAACAACACCAAGUUACACGUCUCUUUUAGAACCAUCUUUAGGCCGCAACCGUUUUACGAAUCAGCGGAAUGUUGAAAUUUCAGUUAUUUGCUAGUUUUUAAGUCAUGUUAUGAAGGUGGGCUGCAGAGCCUUGCAUCACGAGAAAAAAAUGGACACUGAAAGGUAACUUUGUAAAAAUCCAGGAAUUGCGUUUAAAACUCAAUUUGUAGAAGUGUCAUUUGCAAUCAAGAUUCCGACUUCUUGUUAUGUUCAUUUUUACUAAAGUAAAUCUAUCAUCUUACCUAGUUUGUCGAUAGUUUAUUGGGGCAGUUCGUAAACAGCUCUUGAAGCCUUUUGGGCUUGACCAGCCGGAAGCAUUUUUACUUCCGAAUUUAAAAAUGAUCACCCGACGCGAUCAGUCAGUUGCUCGGUUUUCAGGAAUUUUUUCUUUUCAGUCAUAUUUUUCAACGGACAAUUUCGCGUUUUUAGCUUUUCAGGUAACAAUACCUAUUCAGGUGCCGAAAUUUCCAUCAUUUCAUAACGCUUUGGUUGGCUAGAAAUAACUUUGGUGUGAUUUUCUCGUUUGUGUACACGGUUUUCGCUUCGUUUACAUUUCACGUUCUUGUCGCUCACGGUGGCCCAAGGGACUAUAUUUAAAAUUUUAUUUUUCGCAAGCGUUUAAAUUCUCAGAGCUGAAACUUCAGAUCUAGUUAAAAGAAUUACAGCUCUUUCAUGUAGUAUAAUCAUAUUUUAAAUUUGAGACAUAUCAGAAUCGACUUUUUGCGAUUAAAGUUGGGCGUUAUUUCGACCGCCAAAACACCAUCAAGGUGCAAGCAAUGAAAGCCCAAAACUUUAUUACAAAAGUUAUUUUGGGAGACAUUUUUAUGCAGUCUUAAAGCUUUGAGUAACUGGUAAAUGCAUGUGCAACAUCAAGUCAAUAGGAGCUUUUGCGCGCUUGUACUGCUUCCUUGAAAAUUGUUGAAAUUUGCAGCAAUUUCGCGAAUAAAAAAUGUAUUUUUAUCGAGUUUUCGAACUUUUCCAAAUUUCUCAAAAUGUAAAGCGCUUGGGGAUUUCUUAAUAUCAUUUCUUGAAAUAGUUCACCUAAAGGGUUGUUUGGAUGGUAUUAGCCCAAAUUCGAAUUUUUACAACUGAUUUGAGAUUCUCGAUAUUUUCCGACGUUGGCUCUUAAAUCCAGUGUAGAUUGAGAAAUUGCCUCAAUAUGAACAACACUAAUAUCUAUUCCAACUUCUCAUGUAGUUAUUAUAGCUGUGGAAGAAUGGUUUCUUUCAUACUGUUGUCACCACUGACGCCAGACUUAUGACCGUUCCAUUUAAAGAGCAAUUUGAGGAGGGUUGUGAAAAUGUACAUUUUGUAUUGCUUCUAUUGAUUUUUCCAACCUAUUUUUCUGUGAAAUUAUCUAAUGCAGUGUUUUUUCUUUAUUUUAGUUAUUCAAGCAAAAACGAGAAAUAAUACCUUUUCAGGAUCCUGAUAUUGUAAUUUAGCAGCUUUUGCCUCUAUAACGGAGCCUUCAGGCAAAACAAACUUCACUGUAACUGUUCGUGGUGAGGUAUUGGCUAUGGUGAAGCAUAUUUCAAGGCCAUCGACUGGCCUACAUUAGAGAGGUUUAGGGUGAACGUUUAUGGCAAACGGAAACGUCAGAUUCAAGUUGCGAAUUUCUCAAAAUAGAAAACGAGCAGACAAAAAUACUCCAAAACAAUUUUUAUGGAUAAACCUAACGUGAAACUACUAAUUUUUGUGUAGAAGUAAUGAACAAUAGAAGACAAGUAAAUGGAAAGCUUGGUUACGUGCCGGUGGGUAGUUCCGAAAACGAAGCACUCGAAAACGAAGACCGAAGCACGAAGCAUGCACCCAAAUCUCGAAAACGAAGCACCCAAAUCUCGAAAACGAAGACCCCUAGAUCGAAAACGAAGCACCCAAAACUCGAAAACGAAGACCCCUAAAACUCGAAACCGUUCUGUCCUUUAUAAACAGAGACCAAUGCUAAUACAGCAGGAAUCAAGCACGAUAACGAAUCGAAUGCAGUUCAAAUCUACUCAAGUUGUAAAUGCAUUUUCGCUGCUGCGUGGAAGGCUAUGUUUUGGACGUGAUCAUAAAACCGAGAACUCCCAAACUAUUUCUAGAAUGUUACUGUAUUGUUAGUAAAAGCCAAUCAGGCGUUAGUCUCACGCACACAGCCGUCCUUUGUCUAGUCACGGCUGCGUGGGGGACUAAUCAGGUGUGAAAAAACCUCAAACACUAACGGAAAUUGAUUUUCCUUUUGUUGUAGUUGAAAUUUUGUAUAAAUUUUAAUUCGUUGCUUACACGUUGUUGUCGUUGAGAUGAUAUUAUUGUUUGUUACAUGCCAUUUGAUUUUUUUAUGCUUUUUAUCUAUUUGAACUGCGCCUCCUCACUGAGUUUUUGGGUGCUUCGUUUUCGAUCUAGGGGCCUUCGUUUUCGAGAUUUGGGUGCUUCGUUUUCGAUGUAGGGGUCUUCGUUUUCGAGAUUUGGGUGCUUCGUGCUUCGGUCUUCGUUUUCGAGUGCUUCGUUUUCGAAACUACCCGUGCCAGUGUUUCAUUUCGUGUUCUCUGUUUUUUGUAAAUAUGACUAUGUUGGAGGCCUUAAGAUUGAGGUUUUUCGGUGGUUCCCGCCAACUGCGAACGUCGAAUCACGUGACUAGUGCCUCGCCGUCAGGUUGGCGAUUUGAGUUUCUCGUUUGUACGGCUGGACCAUGCUCUAGGGGAUUAACCACAAGCUUUUUUUGCACCCUAACACAUCACAAUCCCACGUUUGAUAGGUAUACCACGUUUUAGAACUUUUUUACUUAUUAAUCAUUGAAUUCUUUUUCAUCUGAACUUAAUUUUGAAGACAAUCUCUCACCUAAAAUUGCGGUCCAUGAGUUAAUCAAAUAAAUGAAAACGAACACGGCAGCCGUGAGCUACCACCCACUAAUCCUAAGACCCAAAUAUGGCGAGCAGAUGGCUAACGUAAAGCCGCUAACCUCGGUUUGCCCUGUUUGCGUCAGGUGGUCAAACCCCGAUGUUAAAGUCUCUAUUGUCAGAUUCCCACCCUCAACAGAGAUAUUGGGCAUAUGAAGGUUUCAUGACCUUUUGUAACGUUACAGGAACAGAUAGCUAGUAAAAACAAAGAUGUACUUUAAUUCAGGUUAUUUGUUUUGUUGUCUUAGAUUGAUGUUUACAGUUUUGGAGUUCUUUUCUGUGAAAUGUGCAUCGGGGAACUGCCAGAAACUGAAAAGCGGGAGGAACAAGCGAGACUGGUACCUAACAAAAAGUUUGGAGAGCUGAUAUUGUGGUGUAUUGAAGAAGAUCCAGAAAUGAGACCCAGCAUGGAAGAGAUUAUUGAGAAGCUGGAGCAGUUAAAUAACAAUUCUUAA